GGGAGAAGUUCCUGAUGCUGACACACAGCCAGAAGUGUGGCAACCUGCUUCAAGAAGUCUUGUAAGAACGUGUAGGUAAAAUUUAGGUAAUUUGCAUAGAAAGCAAUUUUCACAUUAGUGCAAGUAUCACAGUUCUUCACUGGAACAGCCUGAGAGAGCAGGGAGACAGGGAGUGCACCAGCAUCGGAGGCAGUUGUCUCCACAAAAAUCUGAUGUGUCAUAGAAUCAGCCGCUAGUAUAGAUACAGCUAUAAAUACAGCUGCAGGGUAUUCAGUGUCUACAGGGGUUUACUAUAACAGGCAGUCAGCUGGUUGUCUGUCAGCACUCACACUGUUGUAGGGCUGCCGCCGCCGCUGCUGCUGCUGCUGCUGCUGCUGCUUCUGCUGCUGCUGCAGGACUUUGCCAGUGAGUGGUUUGUGGAUUUCGAAGUUCAGCAGCCAAGCUGCCCACUGAGAACUGUUGGUUGAUGGAGUUUGUGCGGCGGAGUGGUGACUACUGCCACGCACAACAUAUUUAGACCCUGCCUGGAAUGGACCAUACAGUCCUGCCGCCGUGAAAACCUGAAGGACGGUUGGCCUUUGCCCUCUGAACCAGCCAGCUCAUGGGGUAACAAGUGGAGCGUCGGCACUGAAAGCUAACCGGAGAGAGAAGGAAAGAGAGAGCUACUGAGAGACAAAGAGAGAAAAGGACCGGACAAACCGAGAGAUUAAAAAACAAAGAGACAAAACAGAGAGAGAGAGCUGACACCCUGUACCCUCCAGGACUAUAGGAUACAGUCAACUGAUGGGGUAAUACAAGUCGACUGGACUCAGAAUUGGGAUAAAACCUUGAACGGCUAUAAACGGUCUCCUACUAAGAAGAUCCACAAGACAGGAAGUCCAGAGUCACCUGAGACCUGGUAUAAGUUGAAGACACUGCAGGUAACUGCUGGAGCUGGAGCUAAAGGUCGGAGGUCAUCCAGGGUUGUCAAAGGUCAUACUGGCCACCAUGAAUCGACCCGCUCCAGUGGAACUGUGCCACAAGAACAUGAGAUUCCUUAUCACACACAACCCGACGGACAGCACACUCAGCUCCUUCAUAGAGGACCUGAAGCGCUACGGGGCCACCACGGUUGUUCGAGUCUGUGAUGUCACCUAUGAUAAAACACCGCUGGAGAAAGAUGGCAUUAAUGUGGUGGACUGGCCAUUUGAUGAUGGAGCCCCGCCUCCCAGUAAACUGGUUGAUGAUUGGUUGAGUCUGCUGAAGAAGAAAUUUCAAGAGGACCCAGGAUGCUGCGUGGCUGUCCACUGUGUGGCUGGACUGGGGAGGGCUCCUGUACUGGUUGCUCUUGCUCUGAUUGAGAGUGGGAUGAAGUAUGAAGAUGCUAUCCAACUCAUCAGACAGAAGCGCCGGGGAGCCAUCAAUAGCAAACAGCUGACCUACCUGGAGAAAUAUCGAUCCAAGCAGAGACUCCGCUUCAAAGACUCUCACACACAGAAGAACAAAUGUUGCACCAUGUGAACACACACACACACGCACAAAAAGACAGACGCACACACAUCGACACCUUGUACCCCUCAACAAAUGCUCUCAGGAAUCCAACCACACAAGCCUUGCGUCACUGACAAAAACACUAAAACACCCGGGUGUCAUUAGCCCAAGUGUACCCUGGGAAUCUUUUGAAUGUUUUCUCAGCAAUUGUUUGUAAAGAUUUCUUGUCUUUCACUGGCAUGUUUGCUUCAUAAUAUAGUUUACAGUGAAGAAAUAUGGAAAUGAUGAGGGAGGGAAAGAAAAUCACAAAAAAAACUUCUUUGUGGCUAAUUGUUGAGGCAUAUUUUCUUUUUAUUUAACACUUUUGGUUUUGAAAGUUUGGUCAGUGAUCAUAUUUUGAGGUCUAUUAAUCACAUU